GAUUUGCAAGUUGGAAAGAAUAACACACACACUUAACAAGUACAUUGUGUAAUCUUGGAUUAACAUGCGUUGCUUUCGGUUUCUAAGUGAGGAAAAAGAGAAGGUGACACAAACUGGUGUUAGGGAAAUGUCUGGCCUGCGACAUGUGGAUGCUUUUGUCCGUACUUCUGUUUUUACAGAAACAGAAACCUCAGAAGGAGCUAAAGCAGAAGAUGCAGAAAAACUCUGCCUCACAACAGCUGAUUAGUUAGUUACAGCGUCCAAUCACCGUUUAGUUUGACAAGGUUUAAUUAGUGUGUUCAGGGAAAGCAGCUGGGUUCUGAGUUUGGCUAUCAGCAGCAGAACUCCUUCCUCUGUAACCAGAGAGGGUGAGAUGGUCUCAGAACUCAGAAUUCUGUAACAUUACCAAUUAAUUGUAAGAAUAAAUAACUUAAUUUGAGAGAAGUUGUUUGUUCUCACUGACCAAAUUAACCAACAUGCGUGGAAGGAAAACCACAGAGUUUUCUCUAAUAAUUGCCACAGAAAAACACCAGAGAAAGCUGCUGCCAACCCUGGGCUGGUUUUAACUGGACGUGGUUUUGCUAUGGAUCAGUCUGAGGGAGAAGAAGAGGGAGUGCUUGAAUCCACUCUGCGUGGGGGACAUGAGAGCAAAGAUCAGAGAAAAAUGCUGCAGCAUGGACACGACUCUGCUGGACCUGAAUCUGAACCGGAACCCAGCUGUGUUUCCCUGAAAAGUGACCGUUCCAUACAGUUACCUAUUAACUUUAAAGGGACUCUUCCCUCAGAAAUGAAUUACAGUUGGGAAGCAGUACAGUCAGAUGGUGAUGGGUUUUUUUCUUCCAGCAUCCAUCAGCAACAACCAGCCUCUUCUGUACUCAGCUGUGUUUCCAUGAAGAGUGACGCAUCUAUGAUGGAACCACUUUCAUUUAAAAAGAGAAACCAGUUUGUUUUUAACAGGGCUCAGUUUGUGCCUCAGAAUCAAGAAGAUCAAAAUGCAAUAAUCAGGGCGUUGAAAGAAAUAGGGAAUCAAAUAAAUGAGAAUCAGAGGAAAAAGGAGGUACGGGUUCCAAUGAAUGAAGAGCAAUACAGAAAAAUAGAGAAAUUAUUUCUCAAGCUCUCAGUGGACUUCCUGGGGAGAAUGAAGCAGGAUGAGUUUGCUGACCGACUGCAAAAAGAGAUUGGUAUACCACUGUACCAGAGUAAACUUAAGUCAAACCUGAAGAAGAGGUUCGAGUGUGUGUUUGAGGGGAUCGCUAAAGCAGGAAACCCAACCCUUCUGAACCAGAUCUACACAGAGCUCUACAUCACAGAGGGAGGGACUGCAGAGGUCAAUGAGGAACAUGAGGUCAGACAGAUUGAAACAGCAUCCAGGAAACCACACAGACCAGAAACAACCAUCAGACAAGAAGACAUCUUCAAACUCCCACCUGGAAGAGAUGAACCAAUCAGAACAGUGAUGACGAAGGGAGUGGCUGGCAUUGGGAAAACUGUCUUAACACAGAAGUUCACUCUGGACUGGGCUGAAGACAAAGCCAACCAGGACAUCCAGUUCACAUUUCCACUGACUUUCAGAGAGCUGAACGUGCUGAAAGAGAAGAAGUUCAGCUUGGUGGAACUUGUUCAUCACUUCUUUACUGAAACCAAAGAAGUCUGCAGCUUUGAAGAGUUCCAGGUUGUCUUCAUCCUGGACGGUCUGGAUGAGAGUCGACUUCCUCUGGACUUCCACAACAAUGAGACCCUGACUGAUGUUACACAGUCCACCUCUCUGGAUGUGCUGCUGACUAACCUCAUCAGGGGGAAACUGCUUCCCUCUGCUCGCCUCUGGAUAACCACACGACCUGCAGCAGCCAAUCAGAUCCCACCUGACUGUGUUGGCAUGGUAACAGAGGUCAGAGGAUUCACUGAUCCACAGAAGGAGGAGUACUUCAGAAAGAGGUUCACAGAUAAGAAACAGGCCAGCAGGAUCAUCUCCCACAUGAAGACAUCACGAAGACUCCACAUCAUGUGCCACAUCCCAGUCUUCUGCUGGAUCACUGCUACAGUUCUGGAGGAUGUGCUGAAAACCAGAGAGGGAGGAGAGCUGCCCAAGACCCUGACUGAGAUGUACAUCCACUUCCUGGUGGUUCAGGCCAAAGUGAAGAAGGUCAAGUAUGAUGGAGGAGCUGAGACAGAUCCACACUGGAGUCCAGAGAGCAGGAAGAUGAUUGAGUCUCUGGGAAAACUGGCUUUUGAGCAGCUGCAGAAAGGAAACCUGACCUUCUAUGAAUCAGACCUGACAGAGUGUGGCAUCGAUAUCACAGCAGCCUCAGUUUACUCAGGAGUGUUCACACAGAUCUUCAAAGAGGAGAGAGGACUGUACCAGGAGAAGGUGUUCAGCUUCGUCCACCUGAGUGUUCAGGAGUUUCUGGCUGCUUUUCACGUCCAUCUGACCUUCAUCAGCUCUGGAAUUAAUCUGAUUGAAGAGGAGCAAACACCUAGGAAGUCUAAAGUCUUUAAAAACAAACUAAAAGUAAAACAGCUCCACCAGAGUGCUGUGGACCAGGCCUUACAGAGUCCAAAUGGACAUCUGGACUUGUUCCUCCCCUUCCUCCUGGGUCUUUCAUUGAAGACCAAUCAGAGUCUCCUACGAGGCCUGAUGACACAGAUGGGAAGUAGCUCACAGACCAAUCAAGAAACAGUCCAGUACAUCAAGAAAAAGAUCAGUGGGAGUCCGUCUGCAGAGAGAAGCAUCAAUCUGUUCCACUGUCUGAAUGAACUGAAUGAUCGUUCUCUGGUGGAGGAGAUCCAACAGUUCUUGAGUUCAGGAAAUCUUACUACAGAUAAGCUGUCUCCUGCUCAGUGGUCAGCUCUGGUCUUCAUCUUACUGUCAUCAGAAGAAGAUCUGGAUGUGUUUGACCUGAAGAAAUAUUCUGCUUCAGAGGAGGCUCUGCUGAGACUGCUGUCAGUGGUCAAAGCCUCCAAGAAAGCUCUGCUGAGUGGCUGUAACCUCUCAGAGAGAAGCUGUGAAGCUCUGUCCUCAGUUCUCAGCUCCCCAUCCUCCAAUCUGAGAGAACUGGACCUCAAUAACAACAACCUGAAGGAUUCAGGGGUGAAGCAGCUGUCUGAUGGACUGAAGAGUCCACAUUGUAAACUGGAAACUCUCAGGUUGUCAGGUUGUUUGGUCACUGAGGAAGGCUGUGUUUCUCUGGCUUCGGCUUUGAGCUCCAACCCCUCCCAUCUCCAUGAACUGGACCUGAGCUACAAUCAUCCAGGAGAGUCUGGAGUGAGAAUUCUUUCAGCUAAACUGGAGGAUUCAAACUGCAGGCUGGAAACUCUUAGAGUUGACCAUGAUGGGAAACAGUGGCUGCAACCUGGAUUCACAAAGUAUGCCUGUGAACUUCAGCUGGAUCCAGACACUACACACAGACAACUCAAACAGUUAAACAACAAGACACUGACUGCUGUGAAGAAGAGAGAACCAUAUCCUGAUCAUCCCGACAGAUUUAACAAGUGGCCUCAGGUGAUGUGUAAAAAUGAUCUGAGUGGUCGCUGUUACUGGGAGGUUGAAUGGAAAGAAAAGUUGAUUGUUGGAGUAACUGCUGGGAAAAUCAAAAGGAAGGGAGAUGGUGAUGACUCCUGGCUUGGAGGAAAUAAGGUUUCCUGGAGUCUGUUCUGUUCCAAAGACCUCUUUGCUGUCUGCCAUGAUAACAGAGAAACUGUCAUCCCCGCCCCCUUUCCCUCCUCCUCCGGGAAAGUGGGAGUCUAUGUGGACUAUCCUGCUGGUACUCUGUCCUUCUACAGUGUAUGCUCUGGCUCCCUGACUCACCUCUACACCUUUAACACCACAUUCACCGAGCCUGUGUACCCUGCAUUUGGGUUUGCAAUCAGCUCUUCCUUGUCUUUACGCACAUUUCAGCCCAGCUUCUCUCAAGAGGCUACAGAGGAUGCAAAGCUCUGUAAAGAAGGGUAUUGGUCUAUGGGUUGUUUCUGUGGUUCCAUGAGAUAGGGCUACUGAAGCCCUACGAAUAGUUGGCAGAGAUGUUAAAUGUUGUAAUUCCUCUGCCCACACAGAUUCAGUAAACUAUGGGUUUUAUCUUUGCUCCAUUCUACAGUUUUUUAUGUUGUUUGUUUAGUAAAGCAUUAUGGAAAAACUAUUGUUUGUAAAAAAAGAAACCUGAAAUGUCUACUUUUUGUUCAACCUGAACAAAAAUGUUAACAAGCAUAAAUGUUUAUGCAAAGAAAUACACUUUAAAACAAAAGAUGUAAAUACAGCAGUCACAGAAGAGAGAAAUGAUUUGGACUGUGUGCAGAAAAAUGUUUGUGUGUAACCAUAAAGUGUGCUCAUGUGUCUGUUACAUCUUUAGUUAACGUCUGAAUACGUUUGUUACUUAAAUUCACCAGAACAUAAAAUGAUGGUGUGAGUCAUUUAUACUAUGCUCACACAAAGCCAUUGUUAAAAAAAAAAACAAAAAAAAAAUAUGCAGGUCAAAAUCCCAGAAAGCAGCCUGCUCUGAAUCCUGCUCUGAGGUAUUCGUUGGUGUUGAUGCAUCG